CGGUCUGUUUUCAAGAGUUUGGCGGGACGUGCUGUGACCCGCCGGACGGACAGCACGCGCUUUGGGCUCCCGAUCUACUUGUUCUACUCGCAUGAUUCUGAAUACUAGUACAGCAGCCGAUGCUGGCCGGUGCCGCGAUACGUACGACGAUGGUCCCGGAGCGCCUGCUGCGUCGCUUUGACGGCCGCUCCCGCCUGCUGUUCCGCGCCCUCCUGCCGGGGUUGUCCGGGAGCGGCGACGCGCUGCGGCUGUUCCUCCGUCAGCGGCGCUGCGACCCCGACUUCUCCCUGCGCUCCUGCCUCGAAGCGCUGAUCCAGGACGAGCUGUGCGAGGACGGGGACCCCGGGCCGCUGAAACUGAGUCCCGUGGUGUGCCAGCUGCCCGUGUCGCUGCAGCGCGGCCUGCUGUCCUUCCUCCACCUGACCGCCCCUCUCCACCCGCGCUCCAGCCUCCUGGCUCUCCUAAAGCGCCUCGACGGUGCCUCCUGCCGGGAUCCCUGGAUCCGUGCGCUGCUGGCUCAGCUGCGCCGCGACCUGGAGCCGGACGGCCCCCGGGCGCCCGAGCUCGUGUCCCCGCGGUGCGAGUCCAGGCUGCGGGGGCUCCGCGGCAAGUUCGGUGGCGCCGACGGACCGUCCGCUCUCGUGGCCGCCUUCGACUUUGGGGUGUCCGCAGAGCCGUGCCGGGGUUCGCCGUCGGAGCUCAGCAUCCGCUCGCACCCGCAGCCGCAGGAAGCGCACGGGAAGCGGAAGAGCGACGCUGCUGGGCUGGAGCAGGACUGCGAGGAGGGAAAGGGCAGUCGGAGCAAGAGGAGGCGCCUGGAUCCCCGCGAGGACGACGGGGAUGGGGAGCAGUGGCCCUCGGACGCCCAAGACGUCGCCUUGGGGCCGUCGCCCCCGACUUUGGAGGGCGUUGGCUCGGAGGAGCCCUCAGACCCCCAGGCCGCAGUACCCGAGCACAUAAAGGCUGUGGUCCCCAAGAUCCGGGAGCUGUUGGACAUGCAGACAGAGUGGGACCAGGACGCUUCCUCAGUCCUGCAAGUGCUGAAUGAGUGUGACCCAUCCCAGGUAGAGCUGCUGUGCCAAGCGCUGCGCCUGUCCCAGCUUCCGGAGCAGCUCCUGCCGCAACUGUGCACGGCCGUGUUGGCGCCGUCCGUCGAGCUGAGCCACAGCGCCGCCGCCGCUCUCAUCAGGAGCCUGUUCCUCGGACGGGUUCUCUCCCUGCUGGACCCGCCCUCUCGCUGCCUGGUCUCCGUGAUGAUGUCGCUGUGUGGUCGCUACCCACGGCCAGCCUGCGGUGCCCUGCUUGCCCCCGUGGUGCAGGCGGGUCGGCUCAAUGCAGUUCAGGCUGAACUGCUGUGCCGACUCACCAGGGACGCCCUGGAGCCACAGCAUCGGCUGCUGGUCCUUGGGGAGGCCCUUACUGCUCCGUGGAGCGAUGAGCUCCUGUCAGUGAUCCACGCCUUGCUGGAAUCCAGGCUAGAACUCACCCAGGAGCUCUUCUCCCAGCUUGUCUCCUCUACGUGCCAGCAGGCCUCCCACUUCAGCUCGAGUGUGAAGUUUGCCAAGAUGGUGCUUGCUGUCCUCACCAAGUACCAGAGCCAUGUGAGCCCCGCACACAAGCGCUCUCUCUCCUGCUGCUUGUCUUCCCACGGCUCCUUUCUCAAGAAGUCUCUUCUGGCCGCUCUGAAGCGCAUCCAGCCGUCCUGACGCCUCUGGGGUGGACCGAGCCACGGGAUGCAGGACAUGGCAGCUCUGACCUUCUGCUGUACCCCCCUGGACACAUUGGACCUACUGGGGCUUUGCUUGAGGGUGCUGCUGAAAUGGAGAUGUUAUUAUUUUCCUCAACAUUAACGGUGAAAUGGUGAUGUGCGUUUGCCUUAUUGCACAGAGUGGAAAAAAGCCGAGUGUCCGCAUUCCACCUGUAGUCACUGACACAUUCUGUUCCAUCCAUCCGUUCCAGGUUUUGGUGUUCUGUCUGUUCUUUUCAACGUAUAGAAGAUGUGGCUGUAAUAACCGAGCUAGCGGAGUGUUAAAAACUGUAAAUGACGGUUUGCGUGGAGGGACGCAGCGAACAUGGAAACAGCCACAGGUGUGGUGCACUUAUGGUUUCCUGAAUAUUAUUAAAGACGAGAGUCAUGGUUCCCUGUACA